CCCGCCCCAGCCCGCGCCGGGCAAGGAGCAGAGAAGGCCGAGAGGAUGCGGCCGGCGGCUGCUGUCCCGAGCGGCGCACGGUGAUCGCCUCCCCCGAGGAGGAGGCGCCUAGACCGUUGCCUCAUUCCUUGCCCCCCCCCCCGUAAUUGCAUUGGCUGCUGGAAGGGACCAGGAGAGACAGAGGAGGCGUCUGGCUUCCCCUUCACGCCCGCCACCCCUGUUCUUUCCCGUCCCGGGCCAGGAUGACUGGAGUCUUUGACAGUCUGGUGGCUGAUAUGCACUCGACCCAGAUCACGGCCUCCAGCACUUACCACCAGCACCAGCAGCCCCCGAGCGGCGGCGGCGCCGGCCCAGGAGGCAGCAACGGCGGCAGCAGCAGCCUGCACAAGCCCCAGGAAUCGCCGACCCUUCCGGUGUCCACGGCCACCGACAGCAGCUACUACACCAACCAGCAGCACCCGGCGGGCGGCGGCGGCGGGGGGGCCUCGCCCUACGCGCACAUGGGCUCCUACCAGUACCACGCCAGCGGCCUCAACAACGUCCCCUACUCCGCCAAGAGCAGCUACGACCUGGGCUACACGGCCGCCUAUACCUCCUACGCGCCCUACGGGACCAGUUCGUCUCCAGCCAACAACGAGCCCGAGAAGGAAGACCUCGAGCCUGAAAUCCGGAUAGUGAACGGGAAGCCAAAGAAAGUCCGGAAGCCCCGCACUAUCUAUUCCAGUUUCCAGCUGGCGGCUCUUCAGCGGCGCUUCCAAAAGACUCAGUACCUGGCGCUGCCCGAGCGAGCCGAGCUGGCGGCGUCUCUAGGCCUCACCCAGACUCAGGUCAAAAUCUGGUUCCAAAAUCGCCGAUCCAAGUUCAAGAAGAUGUGGAAGAGCGGCGAGAUCCCCUCUGAGCAGCACCCUGGGGCCAGCGCUUCGCCACCUUGUGCCUCGCCUCCCGUCUCGGCGCCAGCUACCUGGGACUUCGGUGGGCCGCCGCGGAUGGGGGGCGGCGGCGGCCCCGCCAGCGGAGGCAGCGGCGCCGGCAGCUCCGGUUCCAGCCCAAGCAGCGCGGCCUCGGCUUUUCUCGGCAACUACCCGUGGUACCACCAGGCCUCGGGCUCCGCGUCGCACCUGCAGGCCACCGCGCCACUGCUGCACCCCACGCAGACCCCGCAGCCUCACCACCAUCAUCACCACCACCACGGUGGCGGGGGUGCCCCGGUGAGCGCAGGAACGAUUUUCUAACCCCAGGGUGCCCGCCCCAGAGACUGAGCAAACACCCGUGAGCCUCGGUGCCCGCCCCACCGCAGGACGGCCCCUCCGGCCGCCCGCGGCUGCCCCCCAGCAGUGCGGGAGGGUGCAGUCUGGCACGGCGCGGCCCAGGCUCUGCACCUCCGUGCGCCACGCAGCAGCCGGGAAGUGGGGACCCUCGCCCCGCGGGCUCCUCUCGGCAGAAGCGGACAGCUGCGCGGUGAAGGCCGCCACAAGGCCGCAUUUCGGACCUGAGCCCCGAGCCUCGGCCAUUUCGAGCCCCGCCUCGGACUUGCCUCCCCUCCAGUCCCCGCCCAGCGAGGUCGUCAGGCGCCUUCGUCGCCCGGGGCCUCGAGCUGGGCCCGGGAGAGGGAUCCCUGCCCCGCCCGCGAGGUUCCCGGGCUCUGAGACUCCUUUCUCCUGGCUCGCCCCAGGCUCAGCUCCGGCGCGCAGCGGUUGUUGACCUCCCCGGGUCCUGCUGGCCCGCCCUCCCCUUCGUGCCCCCGUGACCUGGGCCCCAAGGCUUCCCUCCUCUGUUCCCAGACCUCGCCCCCCAUUCCUACCCGCCUUAGCGACCCCCAGGAGCACUCCUUUAGCUCUCUCCUCAUCCAUCACAGUGGAGUUUUUUUAUUUUUAUUUUUUUAAAAGUUUAGGUGCCUUUGCGGAUGACCUCAUUUUGAUGUUGGGAAAAAAAAUGAUUUUUAAUAUGUGGACACUGCAAAAAAUGUGUUUAAAUUAUCUUUUUUAAAAUUUAUUCAGGAUUAUUAGCCUGGACUUCGACAGUUUGUAAAUAAAGGUGUCUGUGCAUAUUUUCCCACUGAUUUAUUUGUAUGAAAAUCCUCAUCUUUUCAGAUGUUUUUGUAUAGCCCCAGUUGUGAAAACUGCGGUUGAGCAGUGACCUCAGCAACCCUUCCAUUUUAUUUUUUCCCUUUGAAAAAAUUUCUCAGUUAAAUUAAGCUACUGAUUUGAAUUUGCUUUAUCUUAUCCUAAAGUCUUUGUUCUUGAAAUGCAAGGUAUUUUGAGGUUAUUUAUUAUGAAAACAACAUGCUCUUAAUGUUGAUUUUACAAUAUGAAGAGAUUAUUUAAAUAAAUUAUUGUUUUCAUUGGA